UAUUUAUAAAAAUGGCGGACCAAGUGCUUAGAGAAUUGGAGGCUGCUGCACAAGUUAUUUUAGCGCCAUCAAAUCUUGUCAAUGCUGAACAGCGACAAUCAGCAGAAGCAGUUUUUUUAAAUUUUCGUAAAACAAAAUCACCAUAUCAGCUAUGUCGACAAAUUUUAGAGACUACUACAGUAGAUUAUGUCUUAUUUGAAUCAGCGAAUGUUAUUAAAGCUGCACUGAUAAAAGAAUGGACUAUUAUGCAGCAAGCUGAUAUUGUAUCUCUCAGGCAUUAUUUAUUGCACUAUAUAAUAAGUAAGCCAAAAAGAAUUUUACAUUUUAUUGCAAUUAUGGUAAAGAGAGGUAGUGUUGAAGAUCAUGGAGAAGAGAGAAAAGAAAUUUUGAAUGAAGUUGAAGGAUUAAUUAUGAGUGGAGAUAUGCCAAGGCAAUUAUUAGGUUGUAGCAUAAUUUCAGCGCUAAUGCAAGAAUAUGCUACAACCGUAAAAUCAUCAGAUGUUGGACUAACUUGGGAAGUACAUUUUAAAGCAAAAAAACAGUUUGAAGUUACAUCAUUGAAGAGAAUAUUCAAGUUUUGUAUUCAAGCACUUGGAGAAUUAACAAAAUCUGAUAUACCUGAAUCUAUUUUACCAUUAAUAAAGCAUUUGCUCUCUAUUUGUGAAAGUGUACUAAUGUGGGGCUUUAUAUAUGUUAAUUUGCCUAAAAGAUUGAUAGGGGUUUUUGAAUCUGCCUAUGAGUCAGAGAGCAGUUCAACACUACGUUUAACAACUAUGUGGAGGGAUGUAAUAUUAGAUCCCAUAGUUGUGCAAUUAUUUUUCACAUUAUAUUGGAAAGUCAGAUCAAAUCCACAACUAGCACAUCAUGCGAGAAAUUGUCUUGUACAAUUAGCCAGCCUUAAUGGUUUAAUUGUUCAAGCUCCUGAGGUGAAAUUUCAGUAUCUCAGCACAUUUGUACAGAGUUUUCUGAAACUUCUUUCAAAUAUCAAAAUUAUCGACGAAGAAGCAAUUGGUAUUGCUAAUGUAUUUAAAAAACUCAUUGGCUGUUUUCGGGCAGCAAUACCCAAUCUGCCACAAGAGACUCAAAGGUCAUUCAUGGAAUAUAUGACACAAUUGACAUGCUUAUUUGCUGAUGGUGCCAACCAAGAGGAAUCUCUCUGCGCUGACGACUGUUUAUUUAUGGAGGCGUUUGAGUGUAUGUUGGAGAUGUGGAUGUCGGUACUGUCAUAUGCACCCCUCUUUCCUGUGGAGUUUUGUCAGCAAAGCUCCGUACAGAUAUUCAACACGUAUUUGCAGUGCCACUUAUCACCUCCUGACGGACGCCGAGGCGUGGGCAAAAAAGAUCUAAAAAAAGAAGAAAUCGAUGGCAACGAGGAAGAUGAUCGGUCCAAAUAUAAAGAACAACUUCAAACAAUUGGUGUCUUCGGCAGACACAUCUUGAGUCACUCUCUGCCACUACUUUCACGUUUGCUUGAAAAUGGUACGAUAAAAUUAAAGGAACAUCUGAACCGGCUAGUUGUUCAACCAGAAUCUCUUCAUGCUGCAGACCACGUUACCGUUGAAAAUCUUUACGAGGAUUUACAUUGGUUGGUGCUUAUCGCUGGGCACGUACUGUGCAUGGAGUCAGUAGGUGAAAUGCCGCUGGUGCCCUCAAAAGUCAUGCGCUAUAGCAUGGAACAAGUGCAACAGUGUCAGAUGGAUUUGAACGUAACAUUGCAGCUACUCGCCUCUCCUCAGAGCAAUAUAAGUGAUAUAAGCGGUGCCGAGCAGUCAGCUGAUCAUGUAAUACGGUUAAUAGCGGCCGUAUUCCGACUGAGUGAAGUUGCAAAGACUGCAAUAAAUUUCAACGCGGCUAAGCACCUUUCGCCCGAACUUUGCAGCAGUAUAAUUUGGUUUCUUCAUCGCUGGUCCCUCAGCUAUCUCUUACCUAAAGAGAACCACUACUCGGAGCUAAGUACGACGCUGCUUCAGGCUUUCGGCGAUGAUACACCCGGUAGUCAGUGGACUAUGAAUUUCCUCGUCGAAAAAAUUGAGUGCAAUAUCAAUGCUUUUAAAGGCGAGCCCAACCUUAUGAAUGAGACUAUACAGCUCAUGGAUGUACUUGAUGAGAUACCUGAUAAAGCCUCAUGCCUAAUUAAGUCAGAGCGUUUUGGUAACCUCGUAGAAUUAGCCACAAAGAGUCAUGAAUUACCGCAAGUAGCCAAACGUGGUCUAAUGCGGACGAUCGUUCAUGUCGGUGCCGUAUUAAAUGAUACAGAUCAGCUGCAGCAAUAUUUUUUGCAGAUACUACAACCUUUACAGAAUCGUUUCAAAAACAUCAUUUGUAAUACGGAUUUUCCAAGGAAUUAUCAUCAAGAAGAAAUACGUGCUCAGAUCAUCGAAAUUCUCGAGUGCAUCGUUGGUGCAGUUCAAGGAGUUAUGAACGAUACUGCAAAGCUCACUUCCCAGUAUAUAUGCACGAUACUUCAGGAACUUCCACGAUUAAUCACACUUUACCACAACUAUCAGCAGAUUGUUCAGUUAAUACUCGAACUCUUCUGCGAAUUCUCGAACAGUGUUUUAACCUAUCUCCAGAACAGCGAAAAUAUUUUUGAAAUCUACUUACACAUGAUGCAGUCCUAUGCAAACUGUAAUCGUCAUUGGUUGACCACUGAUUCUACAUCCGAGGAAGAUACCUUUCAGGAUAUUUUAUUACUCAUGCAGUUACUCACAAAUUUGGUAACCAGGGAUUUUGUUAAUCACGUUGAAUCGUCGGAUGCUAGUUCAAGCCAAGAAGUAACACCAAACGUCUUUCUUUAUGGAUUAAAUAUUAUCAUGCCUAUGAUGACGAUAGAUUUACUUAAGUUUCCUUCUCUUUGUCUUCAAUAUUUUAGAAUGAUUACAUUUGCCUGUGAAAUUUAUCCGGAAAAAGUUUGUACCUUAAAUGCUGAAGUUUUACAACAUUUAUUGGUAUCGGUAGAGUUAGGAUUGUUUUCAUUUGGUGAUGAAAUAACUAUACACUGUUGUAAUACAAUUCAAGCACUGGCUAAACAUAUUUAUACAGAGGUUGAAAUGGGUCGACCAAGAAAUCAGGCUAUGGCUCCAUUUAUAAAUCUACUGAUGAACCUCAUAAUUACGCAUCAGAUAAACUCCGACCUCUUUUCCAACACUAGCAUACCGCUUUACUAUCUGAUUUGUUGUUAUCAAGAUCAGUAUCAACAACUCGUGCAGAAUCUGAUAGGCGAGCAGGCGGAUCCGGCGGUUGCCCAGAGGCUUGCUGCCGCUUUCAACGAACUGACCGCUAAUGUCGCCUUUAACACCGAGCGUGUGCACAGGCUCAGGUUCCGCGAUAACUUCGACAAAUUCAUAAUCAAUGUCCAAGGCUUCCUCAUGGUUAAAUAAGACGAUUUUUAAAGGCUACCAACCCUUUGUGGAAAAAUUUGAUCAAUCUAUUUUUUGGUCUUUAUCACUGC